UCCUCCCUCCCCCGAGCCCUAGGAGCCAGUCGGGGGAGGCGGCAUGGAGGGGAGGGCUGCCGAGCCUAGGAUCCCGGAGUCCCGGGUUCCGGGGGCGGCCGGAUGUGGGCUGCACCUGCGGUCGGCGCGCUCCAGCCUCUCUAAGCCCGCUGUGGCUCUGUCACCCGCCAGGAGUUCAGCCAUGUGGGCCCCCAGUCAACGGCAGCUCUGUGUGGCUUUCCUGCUAGUGUGUGUCCUUUCAGCCACCUUGUUCCUCUACGUCCACCAAGACCUCUUUCCCAACGGCCUGGCCCUGACGGCCCUGUGCCCAGGCCGCCGCCCGGUGCCAUCCCCUGUGGCCAUCCUCUGCCUGUCCCCCAACACCUCCGCCUGCCCCAAGCCCCCCGCCUCCCUCUCGGGAACCUGGACCAUCCACCCAGACGGCCGGUUCGGUAACCAGAUGGGGCAGUACGCCACGCUCCUGGCCCUGGCCCAGCUCAACAGUCGCCGGGCCUUCAUCCUGCCCGCCAUGCACGCCGCCCUGGCCCCCGUGUUCCGCAUCACCCUGCCGGUGCUGGCGCCCGAGGUGGACAGCCGCACGCCCUGGCGGGAGCUGGAGCUCCACGACUGGAUGUCCCGGGAGUACGCCCGCCUGAGGGACCCCUUGCUGAAGCUCACCGGCUUUCCCUGCUCCUGGACUUUCUUCCACCACCUCCGGGAGCAGAUCCGCAGGGAAUUCACGCUGCACGACCACCUUCAGCGAGAGGCCCAGGGUGUGCUGAGCCGGCUCCGCCUGGGCCCCACCGGGGACCGCCCUCGCACCUUCGUGGGCGUCCACGUGCGCCGCGGGGACUACCUGCGGGUCAUGCCCCACCGCUGGAAGGGGGUGGUAGGCGACCGCGCUUACCUCCGGCAGGCUAUGGACUGGUUCCGGGCACGGCACGAAGACCCCGUCUUUGUGGUCACCAGCAACGGCAUGGAGUGGUGCCGGGAAAACAUGGACACGUCCCGUGGGGAUGUGAUCUUUGCCGGCGACGGGCAGGAGGGCUCGCCGGGGAGGGACUUCGCGCUGCUCACACAGUGCAACCACACCAUCAUGACCAUUGGCACUUUUGGCUUCUGGGCCGCCUACCUGACCGGUGGGGACACCGUCUACCUGGCCAACUUCACCCUGCCCGACUCCAACUUCCUGAAGAUCUUUAAGCCCGAGGCUGCCUUCUUGCCCGAGUGGGUGGGCAUUAAUGCAGACUUGUCUCCCCUCCGCUCGUUGGCUGGGCCUUGAGCAGCGGGGACACUUUCUGGAAUAGCUCGGGCCAGCGUUCUGGGUCUCCGGAGGCCUAGCGGCUUCUGGAGAAGCUUGUGGUAGCCCCGUAGCAGGCGGGCACCCAUUUCUAGAGUAAUCCUAGUUGGCUACACUUGGAGAAAGAGGACUUGGAGAAAGAGAAACCUAGGGGCUUUCUGUAACUGCCUGGACGUUCUAGAACCAGCAGGGGAUCUUUUCCUGAGGCCUGGCAAUGUCCAGAGAGGCUCACGGCAGUUCUGGAAGGCAAUGCCUUACCCACUGUUCCCAGCACGGAUCCAGGGUACUUCUGGAUGGCUUCACCCCCAAAACGGAGAACACUGCCCCCCCCCCAAUGUUGCCUCUGGUCUUUUCUAGAAGAGAAGGACAAUCCUCAGGAUGAAAGGACUUAAGGGUAGUCCACAGCAAGCACUCAUCCACUCCCCUGCUGUGUUUCUGGAGUGGUUCUAGAGAAGGCAAGGUCUCGGGCCUGUGGAGAAUCCUGCAGGGCUUCCCCAGAGGGGAUGAGGUUCUGGAAUUCUAGGAGGAUCUCAGGAAGGGACCCUCAGAAGUUCAACACCUCAGCCACUGCCAGAAAAACUGGCAGAACACGAAGUAUCUGUCCUGUGAGGUGGGAAAUCUGUCCAACCUCUCAGCCUCUGGGAAAAAGAAAGACAAAGGCCCGUUUUUGAAAUUUAAAAAGAAAAAAAAAUAUGUUUUUUAAUGUUUAUUUUUGAGAGAGAGACAGA